GUAGUUCGGCAAAGAUCCGCCAGAGGGCGCCACUUGGUAGUUCGGCAAAGAUCCGUUAGAUGGCGCCACUUGGUAGUUCGGCAAAGAUCCGUUAGAUGGCGCCACUUGGUAGUUCGGCAAAGAUCCGUUAGAUGGCGCUACUUGGUAGUUGUUCAUUGAUCCCCGUCAGAUGGCGUUACUUUGUACGUGUAAGUAAGUUAGUUAUCGAUGAAUUUAAAAAGUUCGGCAAAGAUCCGUUAGAUGGCGCCACUUGCCCCCUUCCCGCCGCCUCCCCGCCCUCCCCCGCCCCCUCCCCGCCGCUGCCCCUGGCCCUGCGCCCCUUGGUAGUUGUGCAUAUAUCCUCGCCAGUUGGCGCUACUUUCUAUGUUUAAGGUAUUUAUCUCCCGAGGGAAAACUUCGCUAAAAUAGAUGGCACCACUUUGUACGUGUACGACAAACAAAAAGUGACGAGGUGGCCUCCAGUGGCGAAGGUCGGAUUCGAACCAGCGUCUUUAGCUAACCGGGGCGUCUUUAGCCAGUUAACGUCAUGAACCCCUAGGCCACCCCGUCACGGUGAAACUGGUCCUAAUUUCUCGACUAUAUAUGCAAUCGUAAUGAGACUAGGCGUUAUGUGAAAUUCGCAUGUAUCGAUGCCAAUUUCCUAUAGCUCGUUGAGCAAUAAUGUAAAUGACUACAUUUGACCUCGCUCGACAAAGAUGGUUCAGUUUGCACCGAAAGUUGAGGUAAGUACAUAUAUUUAUAUUUUAAUUAUUACAAAAUAAUGUAGUUUCGUUUCCUGUACGAUAACUUAACAAACAAAUCUUUUCCUCUUUUCAUAUAGUUCAUGAGAACCGUUUCACACGUUUCUUUACCACAUGCGCCCCGCCCGCCCGUCUACACCCCACCCCUCAACUGAAUUUUUCUGCUAUAAAAGAGCAUGUUGAACCAUAUUCCCACUACAGUGUCACAACGAAUAUUGCGUUGAAAUCAUGGAUCCGCAAGCUUCAUCACAUACCAAAUCCGACAACAAUACCAUCACCACUUGGUGCUGCCAGUGCUGGUUGUCCACCACCACAAGCGGCGGCGGCGGCUGUGACGGUGGCUGUAGCAGCUCCACUUCGCCAUCGUCACCCGGACCACAACCGAUGGCAACAGCAAAGGCACUGUUAAAACAAGACGAUGGGGACAAGGGAAAAACAAACUGCCUAGAGAGCGCUUCUGAGAGCGAUACGAGCGAUGAAAUGAAAUCUUUUUAUCAAGGAUGUAAAAGCAAGUGGAUAAAAGCGUUCCAAAACAAUACUCUGAUUAAUAGAUGGCGCCUCCCCAUGCCAUUUCACACAUUUAGAGCGGAAGUAGCGAGAUUGUUAAAACGAUUGUAUAUCGAAGGUCACCAUGACGAUUGUCAUAUUUACCUGUUAAUUGUAAUGUGGGACGAUUUAAACGAUGACGUAGAAGAGAUAGUGGGAGAUGCUCAAAUCAACUAUCAAGACUGGAUUGCGUUAUUAGGUGGCGUUACAGCGGAACUAUUUUCACGCGUGGUGUUCAAUACUAAAUCUUUUAAUUAUUUAAUCAAUGUAAUAUUUUGUGUGCUAGGUCCAAACAUAAUAGCUGCCGGUGAUUAUGAAUGUGAACCUAAAUGUAAGAAUGCUCGUACAUAUUAA